CAUUAUCGCCACUCCGGAUCUUGUGCCUCAGUUACCCUUACGUUCUGCCUCUGCAGAGUGCAGACAUUGUUACACCAUGCGCUUCAGCAAUGGUGCCAGUCGCACCAUUGCCGCAACAAAAGGUACGCCCAAGGGAGCCGUGCUCCGAAAAGCUAACCGGCUCAUUCCGCACAGUAUGGGCCACCCUGAUCACAAACACAAACUACCUCCCGGGCCUCUUCACCCUCGAGUAUUCGCUACGAAAAGCUGGGUCGAAGUACCCGCUCGUCGUUCUCUACACGGACUCAUUCCCCGUUGAAGGACAUGCCGCCGUCAACGCCCGUGGGCUUCCGAAGCAGCGCGUCCCGCAUCUCCUGCCGACCCUCCCGAAAGAAUAUACCAAUGACCCUCGAUUUCAUGAUACGUGGACGAAGCUUACGGCGUUCUCGCUGGUGGAAUAUGAACGCGUGGUGUUACUGGAUAGCGACAUGCUGGUCACGCAAAACAUGGAUGAAUUGAUGGAUAUGGAGCUGGAUGCGCCGGACUUAGAGGGGAGGGGGAACCGGGUGUUUGCGGCUAGUCAUGCCUGUGUCUGCAAUCCGUUGAAGAAACCCCAUUAUCCGAAGGAUUGGAUUCCUGCCAACUGCGCGUUUACAUCACAGCAUGCCACUCCCGACAUGGCCCAGAUAAUGGGAGCCCCAUCAGACCGUGGACUCGGACUCUGCAACUCGGGCCUCCUCGUCAUCAAUCCGUCGAAAGGAGUCUACGAUAGGAUUAUCGAGCAGCUCAACUCCCCCGCGACACUGAACUACACCUUCCCUGACCAAGACCUUCUCUCCGAUGUCUUCCGCGGCCGCUGGGUCGGCAUACCGUACAUAUAUAAUGCGCUCAAGACACUACGGCGCAAGGGCGUCCAUGACACUAUCUGGCGGGAUGAUAAGGUCAAAAAUAUUCACUAUAUUCUCAGUCCGAAGCCGUGGGGUGAGAUCGACAGCGCCGCGGAGGGCCAGCGGAUGGAGAAACGGCGGACGGCUAGUCUGGACCCUACGCAUGAGUGGUGGUGGCGGGUCACGGAGGAAAGACGCGAGGACGAGAAGAAGAGGGGCGUGGCUGAUAUGUUCUAGCGCUGAGAUACCCUUUGUUUCGAUACGAUAGAGUAAUUAUAGAGAUAUUUACAUUCUGCGUUGUCUAGGCGCCAUUUGUCCUGUCUUUGCAAGUCAGCAAUGUGGCUUAUCUAACUCAAAAGAAAGAUUGCUCCGAUUUGCCUCGGUCUUGACUGUCAAGGAGGAUAUCUGCUCUCUGAUGUGGUGGGAUUUUCUGCGUCCAAAGUUCGUCCACGAUGCUCCGUUCCCAAAGGCGCGAUCCCACCCG